AUGAAGAUCAUUCUUAUUUUCCUUAUCAUUAUUGGCUUGUGCGCAGCUGCUCCAGCCUUUGAAAGUCUCACUGAUGUUAUCAAAAGAAACCAGCAAAACAUCUUGAGCAAAGUCAAAGUCAGCAAGAAGACAAUCGACGAGGCCAAAAAAGUAAUCAACAAUUCGAAAAUUGCUAAGAACGAGAAAGAGUUCUUCACCGCUUUGUUCAACAGCCUUGCUGCCAAACAAUAA